GCCGCCGGUGACGCUAGUUGAUUCAUAUUAUGUUGUGUUGUUGUUAACCUUAAAAUCGUCAAUCAUAGUGUCUAAUUUUCCUUUUCUAUCCAUUAUUCAAAUAAUAGUAUAGUCUGAUUAUUUCAUUCAGGCAAUGCGAUUUAUUCUUAUGCUAUCAAGCUAUCUUAUUUCAGUUUCAAGUAAAAAAUAUGGAAACUCCUGUUUUAAGUAAGAAGCAGCAAAGGAAAGCUUUGACUGAUAAGAAAAAUCAACCUAAAAGUAUACGAAACUUUCUUGCGCCAGCAUUUGAGCCGAAUUGGUCUCGUAUAAAUAACAAAGAUGAGGAACUGUUGCUGGAAGCACUAGGAUUGUUUUUUUCAAAAAUAAAUGAAUCAAAAUGUAUAUUUCCAAGGCUGAAAAAAAGCAAAGCAAAAGAAAAUGGGAAAGUUAAUCAAGAGUCAGAAAAAGCAGUUGUUCACGACAAACAGAAGAAAAUUAAAUUUGGGUUGAAUGAAGUAAUUCGUUGCAUUCAGAAAUCUGAACCGACAUGUAUUCUUGUGUCAGGAAGUGCAGGCGUUUCAAACAUCACCAAUCAUAUCUGCCUAUUAGCGUCUUUAAAAAACAUACCUUUUCUUGUUGUAAAUAAUUUUGAAAACAGUAUAUGCAGUUACAUUGGUUUUAAAGCCUUAGUAACUGCUUUCACAUAUAACGUUGAUGAUGAAUGUUUCAAACACUUGUGGGAUACUGUUGCAGAUAUUUUUAAACGGUAUUGUACUCCAAAUACCAAAUGGGAAAAGCAAUUUGAUAAGCCAGAUGAUCAGAAAAUUGCAAGCAAUCAAGUACAAGGUCAAGAAAACUGUAUGGAAGCAAUUCAUUUAACAAGGGUAUCUAAUACAACCAGAGUCUUUGUACCAGUACAACAUGGUGAUGCCAAUAUGAUAUCAAAAUCAAAUUUAGAAGACUUUAUUAUUAUUAAUAGUGACAAUAAAUCAAAAAUAAUAAAUGUCAAACAUAAAAGUGAUUUAUCUGCAAGUAGUGUUAAAAGUGUUGAAAAGAUAAGAUACGUACCAUUAAAAAUAAAAAGGAUUACAGGAAAGAAAAAACAUUGAUGCAUGAUAUAACAUCAGUAAUUUAUGUGAAAAUCUAAA